GGGGGCGCGGAGCGGGAAGCGGGGGCCAUUCACUCCUGGCCCGGCCCCUCGGGAAGCCCUACUGAAGAAAGGGGGCCGAGGCCUAUUCAAGCCCUACGAGCCGCCCACAAUGGGCCGAUAUACUGGGGGCUUCUCUAUUAACGCCCAUGAAUAUUAAAGAGAUCGCGGAGCGGCGGCCCGUGGGCGCGAGGGUGGGGGGGCGCCUGCCAGCUCCGGCCGGCCGGUCCAAGGGAGGGGUCUUCGGCGCGGGCACACACUGCGCCUGGGCCCUGAAGAAAACGACGCGGUUCAUCCGCUGGAACCCUGGAACAUGUGAUGUUUCCCCUCCACAUCACCACGCGAAGCGAACUCAGGGGCCUUGCUCCCCAAUCCCAAUGGGCCCUGAGGCUAGGAGCUCCCUUUCCUAGGGGCGCGCCCGGGAGAAGGUACUGCUAAGCCAGAAACUCAAAAUGCGAAAGCGCCCUGGAGACACCCCAGAUCUGCGGGCCUGCCUGCUGGAAGGUUGUUCUGACCUUUGCUUCUGGCCCUCCCUGCCUGCCAGGUUUGCUGAUUCCGAGCAGAGCAAGGGAAUGGGACUCCCUGGCCACUGCGGAGCCCAGGGUCCUUGCAUCUUCUGUCCUCAAACUGGGAUCUAGGACCCAAAUACUGCGCCCCCGGAGCGGAGCGGAAGGACGCACAGACCUGAGGGCUUUUCUCAGUGGGGAGCGUCAUGGGAAUGUCAAAAUCCUCAGGAUUUGGGGGAGGGGGAAGUGACCUGACCCAAAGAGAGGCAAGGUAGGAAGAAACCUCAGUCCACAAAGUACGACCCAAACCAUUGCACAGACAGGAACACUGAGGCCUAGAGAGAAGAACGCGUAUCCGUUCUUGCGAGCCAUGAAGUAGGUUUCCGGCCCUGGGAGCCGAGAGCAGGUUUGCCAGCACUGCUCCCCGACGUAGUCUCCUUUCCUGUACCCUGGCGCAUUCUCCUCUCCAUUUAGUCUAGUAGAAGCCAAGGCCCAGGCGCCAGUUAGGUCUUCUUGCCAUAAACCAUUGGAUUCUAAUCGCCCCUUCCAGAUUUGAGCCCUCAGGAGUGAACUAGCGAGUCCUGCUGGCGGCAUCCGGAAGGGAGUGGAGGUGCUGGGACCCUACCUUGCCGGCUGCGCUUGCUCCUCCGCAGGGCUGCCCUCUGCUGGCGCGGUGCCCGAUGGUUCUGCUUUCUGCGGUGCCUGCCCUGGACGCCAGGCUACGGUGGAUCUGGGUGCAGGGUCUGAAGACUCUCUGGGUGCCUUCCCUUCUCAAUGUUCCCAGGCAGGACCCGAAUGUCAGAGACCACAGGCCAAAACUGGAGUGCCUGGGCCUGGGAUCCAUGGCUGCCAGGUUGAGGCAGAUUUAGCAACGGCCCAGCGGGGUUUUUAUCCAAAGGGUAUUGAGACAGAGUCUGGUUUGUGGGAGUACAGGUCACCUUUCCUCCAACCAAGUUCGUGAACUUCAAGGAAGUUCUGAGUUGUUGGCAAUGUCCGAUUGAGACCUAAUCUAUGAGCCCAAACUAGCUGGGAAGGUGCAGAACACUUCCCUCUGCGGCAUCUUAAGUGAACUUCACAAGUGUGGGGGUGGGAGGGCCAAGGACUUUGGCAGUUGAGGGAAUGUUCCUAAUGUCCCCCAUCACGAAGUGUGUCUGGGGCUGGGAUCGGAGGCGGGCGUGUGGUUAAUCCCAGAGGCAGCCAAGCCUGCAAGAAGUUGUGGCUUUCCCACCUUGGUUUGGGCUCAGUAACUCCGGUUUCAGGAGAGGCAAUCCCAAGUAUCUUGUAAGCAUCGGGCCAGAAAGUCUAUUACUGGGGUGAAGUAGGAGAGGGGGAAAGGGAGGAAGGAGAAGGGGAGUGGCCGAUGAGAAAGCUAGGAGCCAGGAGGAGAGAGGACGCAGCCGGCUUCCCCAGGAUGUAUCUCGGAGGCUGAGUCGCCAGCGACGCUGCACCGCGACCCGUCGCCGCGCAACUGGAGGCUUCGGAGGGGGUUCACUCUGAGGCUCGGCAGUUUCCACCCACGACAAGUCCAGGGACCCCUUUUGGGACUCAUGGUAUCCCACAGGAAAGCCUUUUGCAAGCAACUGGCAGGCAGUAUGAAUUUCGGUCAGCCGCUCCAGACCCCCCAACCUAGCCCUCCUGGGGCAGGAAGUCCGGCCGCCCACACACCCAGCCAGCCCCGACGGCAGCAGGGGCCCAGCCCCGGCAGCCCUCAAAGUCGGAGAUGUUUUGUACCCGACUGCGCGCACCGUGCAGGGCAGUUGGCGCGGCCCGUGUAAAGCGAAACCCCGGCUUCUGCAGCGCGGUCUGCGCAGAUUAGCGUGGUCUGAGCAGGAGCUGCGGGCCGCUGGGCAACUAUUGCAGCCGGGGGCGUGGAGCCCCGCGGAGAAUGGGGUGUGGAAGAAAGGCGAAGCCCUGGUCCUGACCAGGGAGGGGAGCGCAGUGCUGGCCGAGCCGUGAGGGAAGGCAGUGGAGGGAAGGUGACGGCCCGGGCGGGAUGGCGAGCAGGGAUCUUGCCUGGACAGGAGGUGACCGCUGGCCCACGGGGCCGAGGCCAUGUGUCCCCUCCAGUCCUGUCCAGUCCCUGGAGUCCCUGAGAGCUUCGCCGCGCCUCUCCCCUGCUCCGACCCCUCCUCUACUCCCAGCGGGCUGAGCCUCCCUCCCGGCCUGGCGCUUCCCACGGGGAGAGGAGGAGGAAGAGGAGGGGGAGCAGAACCGGGAGGGGAGGGAGAUGCGGAGGGGAACAGUUCGGAGCAGUCCUCGAGCCCCCGCCCCUCGCGCUCUCGCAGCGAAGGCUCCUCAGAGCCAGGCCGGGUACAACAAGUCUGUCCUCCGACGUCAGGGGGUCAUUAAUAACCAAUUAGGAGGGUCACUGCGGCUCCUAUAAAGGCGCUGAGAUUUUGCCAAGGGGAAGACGGUCCUGGCUGGGUGUGCGAGAGGCGAGCGUGCGUCCAGAGCCCCUCGCCGGCGUUUCUCUGCAUCCACUGCCUCCCACCUACCCCGAACCUCCCGCACCCGCCUCUGCCUCCACCCGCGCCUCUCCAGCCCUCUGCGCCGCCUCAGCCAUCUCCGCAGAUUUCUCUCUUCCUCUCUGCCUGUCUCCCCCUCGUUCACUUUCCUCCCAGCCACCCCCUCGCCACCCACUCCCUCCCGCAUACUCCUCCUCCACAUCAUUCUCCUUCUCCGUCUCAGCUCUUUCCUCCGCUCCUCGGCUCCCCUCUCCACCGCCCACCUCCGCGCAUCUGUCCGACUGCCCUUCACCGGCGCCGGCGAGCCCCGGGCCGCCCAUGAUGGGCUCCGUGCUCCCGGCUGAAGCCCUGGUGCUCAAGACGGGGCUGAAAGCACCGGGGCUGGCACUAGCCGAGGUCAUCACCUCCGACAUCCUGCACAGUUUCCUAUACGGCCGAUGGCGCAACGUGCUGGGAGAACAGCUCCUGGAGGACAAGAGUCACCAUGCCAGCCCCAAGACGGCCUUCACCGCUGAAGUCCUGGCGCAGUCCUUCUCUGGAGAGGUGCAGAAGCUGUCCAGCCUGGUUCUACCGGUGGAGGUGAUCAUCGCCCAGAGUUCCAUCCCUGGAGAGGGCCUUGGCAUCUUCUCCAAGACGUGGAUCAAAGCAGGCACCGAGAUGGGCCCCUUCACAGGCCGUGUCAUCGCUCCAGAGCACGUGGACAUCUGCAAGAACAACAACCUGAUGUGGGAGGUAUUCAAUGAGGAUGGCACAGUGCGCUACUUCAUCGAUGCCAGCCAGGAGGACCACCGAAGCUGGAUGACCUACAUCAAGUGUGCCCGGAAUGAGCAGGAGCAGAAUCUGGAGGUGGUCCAGAUCGGCACCAGCAUCUUCUACAAGGCCAUCGAGAUGAUCCCUCCGGAUCAGGAGCUGCUGGUGUGGUAUGGAAACUCCCACAACACCUUCCUGGGCAUCCCGGGUGUGCCAGGACUGGAGGAGGAGCAGAAAAAGAACAAACAUGAGGACUUCCACCCGGCGGAUUCGGCGGCGGGCACCGCGGGCCGCAUGCGCUGCGUCAUCUGCCACCGCGGCUUCAACUCGCGCAGCAACCUGCGCUCGCACAUGCGCAUCCACACGCUGGACAAGCCCUUCGUGUGCCGCUUCUGCAACCGUCGCUUCAGCCAGUCGUCCACGCUACGCAAUCACGUGCGCCUGCACACGGGCGAGCGCCCCUACAAGUGCCAGGUGUGCCAGAGCGCGUACUCGCAGCUGGCCGGCCUGCGCGCCCACCAGAAGAGCGCGCGCCACCGGCCGCCCAGCGCAGCGCUGCAGGCGCACUCGCCCGCGCUGCCUGCGCCGCCACCUUAUCCCGAACGUGGCUCCUGGGGAUGA